AUGGCGGCGCCCGUCCUGCCUCUGCAGCAGGUUAAGCUCGCCUCGCUGCCCUCAACCCGCCUGACGCCAGAGCAGCAGUACUGGCGCACCUUCAAGAACCCCCUCCUGAUUCCUUCUCCGGCCAAUGGACCUGUCAAUCUUAUCACUCAGCCAUCCAUCUAUUCGAUUCGCACGCGCAAGCUGCUGAGGACAAUCACUCGCUUUGAGGAUGUAGUUCGGGGUACAGAUGUUCGACCAGAUGGCCGCGUGGUGGUGACUGGUGACGAUACUGGUGUCGUGCAGGUUUUCGACGUCGGCUCGCGCGCAAUUUUGAAGACGUGGAAGGAGCACAAGCAGCCGGUCUGGGUGACCAAGUUCUCGCCUAGCGACCCGACCUCCGUUUUCUCCGCCAGUGACGACCGUACCGUCCGGUUGUGGGAUCUUCCUUCGGAAUCUAGUGCGCGAACCUUUGUUGGCCACACAGAUUACGUGCGCACUGGUGCUUUCAUGCCUGGUUCAAUGGCUUCAUCUGGACUCUUGGUGUCCGGUUCCUACGAUCGCACCGUGCGCAUCUGGGAUCCACGUGUGGAGAGCCGUGCGGCUAUGACGUUCAAAAUGGCUGCACCCAUUGAGAGCGUCCUGCCUAUGCCUGCCGGCACAACGGUUCUGGCCGCCGCCGACAACAAGAUCGCGGUCCUCGAUAUCGUGGCUGGAAAGCCCCUGCACAUGAUUCAAAACCACCAGAAGACAGUCACCUCGCUUGCACUGGCAUCCAACGGCGAGCGCCUGCUCAGUGGUGCUCUUGAUGGACACAUGAAGGUCUUUGAGACUACGGGGUGGAAUGCAGUUUCUGGAUCUAAGUACCCUUCGCCCAUUCUGUCGCUUCAAGUCAUCACGUCCGGCAUGGCCUACGAGGACAAGCACAUUGCUGUUGGUAUGCAGUCGGGUCUUCUCUCCGUCAAGACCCGCCUUUCAGGUCAACAAAAGAUCAAGGAGCGUGAGCGUCGAAAGGAAAUGACCGCGCUUUUGGAAGGAAAGCUGGAGGAACACGACCGACAAGUCGCAAAGAAGCAGAAGCUCCGCGGCUCCGGGUGGGACAAGCGUCUCCGUGGUCGUGACUUCAUUGGAGAGGGAGUGGACAUUGUGAUCGAGGGACAGGACAGCAAGCGACGCAAGAAGGAGCAGCCGUGGGAGAACGACCUCCGCAAGGGACGGUACUCGGUCGCCCUGGAUCAGGUUCUGUCAACGAGCGACAAGACCGCCCAACUCACUCUCCUCACAGCCCUGCGCCACCGCUCGGCUUUGCGAACCUCGCUUAAAGGCCGCGACGAAGUUACUCUGCAGCCCGUGCUUCAAUGGAUCUACAAGCACAUCCGUGAACCCCGCCUGGUUGAUCUCAGCGUGGAGGUCGCCCUGAACUUGCUUGAUAUCUACUCUGGCAAUCUGGGCCAGUCCGCCCAGAUCGACAAGCAGAUUGAGCGGCUACACCGCCGUGUGCGUGAUGAAGUGGAAAUGGCGCAGCACGCCUGCCAGACAAAAGGAAUGCUGGACAUGUUGAAGGCGAGCUAA